CAGACGUGGCCGCCUCACAUUGGGCGAAAGAAAUCGAAACCCCUGCACCUGUACUGAUUCCCCUCCUGGUCCCGCAAAAUAAAUCUUCAGCCUGCCCAGAUUGGAAAUCUACACUCAAAAAGACUACGAGAUAUGGAGGGCUUUACUAGCUAUCAUCUACAAGAUAUAACCUGCAAGGGACCUCAGGGCCACAAGAGACCCCCAUACGCAUCAAUCGCGAUUCUUGAUCCGAUCAUCACGAUCGAGAAGCGCCAUGGAAAAUACCAUAUCGCGGCCCGGUUCAACAUCGAGACGGCGAUCUUGGAUUAUGCCUCGCGCAACAGCGACGGUCGCGAGCUCUUUUUCCAGGACAUCUGUCUGCAGUACAGGAGUCCCUGGGACAAUGAAAACCUCCUCAUGAAGCCCGAGUCGGAUCCCACUGCUGCUCUCACUGUCUCUCGGGGCUUCACCUCGUCCACGUCUGCGACGGUCGGCGCCACGGCGUCGCAGACGCCAUCGGGCAAUGUAUCACUGGGGCUCACGCGGUCGAAGUCUCUGACGGUUGAGUAUGCGAUGACGAGUUGGAGCCUGAGUGCGCAUUGCGUUGUGAAUGAUGGAGAACUUGCCCUCGAUGAUGAUAACGACAACGCAGUGCGCUACCAAUGGUUCUGGGCUGGCACGCAGGAUGAAUCGAGGAGGCUGUCGAGCGACCUCAGGCACGCGGUUAAGCGGCAUGUUGUCGUGAAGCGAAUUGUUUCUGAGGAGGCGGUCUGUCCACUCGAAGACAAACCAAAGAACAAAGCUAAUAGCGAAGAUGCAAGCGGCACGACAAUGUCGAGGCCUGAAGAUGAUGAUGAGGAUGACGAUGUUGAGGAGAAUGAGGAUGACGAUGACGAUUGCGAUGAUGAAGAUGAAGAGGGGACAGACAACCAGGAAAGGAACGAACCUCACCCAACCCAAACAAAAGGGGCCUCCCCAGAAAACCCAAACCCCAAAAGAGAAGUCGAACAUGAAUCGAAACACAAGCUCAUACAUACCUGGAAAUCUCUGCUCGAGUUCAAUUUCUCCGUCCAGAUCCGAGUCAAAAAGCGUCUGAGUCGACUGCAAAGAUUCGCUCUGUUUACCAGCAACGACGUCAGGGGCCGGUACCUCCGCCCGGUAUAUACGGAAAACUUCGGAUUCGAAGCCCCGCCGCUGAAGGAGAUGAUUCCGAGCAGUGACACAGCUGAUAUCUCGACGCUGCUCAAUCAGAUUAAGAAGGACGUUCGUUCAUACCCUGCCCUAUUACCUUGCCAGUGAAAGCGAGCAUCAGACAGGGCUAAUUAACUGGAUUUAGUACGAGGGAAAACUGGACGAACUUCCCGAAAAGGACUUUCUUGAACUGGCGAGCGCGCACGUGCAGCGAG